UUUUCCAUGGUUGUCAAGUUAGCUGAAACUGUCCUUCCCUCAACGAUCGUAAGCCCUUCUUCUUCCCUAAAACCCUAUACACCAGCAGCCACUUGAGCCCUGCUCCGCCACUGCACGCUGUAUUCUCAGCCUUCCGCCGUCACUCCCUCUCAUACUCUCUCGCCUUCUCGAGCAAACACAUCCACUCAUCUUUCUUCUCUUUUUCUCCGAAACAGUAUUCAUCCCCUAACCCGUGCCGUUGUUGAGAUAGCGCUUCCGCCGCUCAUUUUUCAGACUCUCGGUUGGGGUUUGGCUAAUAGUUCAAAGCAAUGUUGCGAAGAAACAUUCGGCUGAGGAGGGAGUAUUUGUACAGAAAGAGUUUAGAAGGCAAGGAGCGUUUGCUAUAUGAGAAAAAGCGGAAGAUUAGAGAAGCCUUGGAAGAGGGAAAACCCUUUCCUACUGAACUUCGAAAUGAGGAGGCAGCACUUCGUAAAGAAAUUGAACUUGAGGAUGAACUCACAGCAGUUCCAAGGACACACAUUGAUGAUGAGUAUGCAAAUGCUUCAGAAGUUGAUCCUAAAAUUUUGAUAACUACAUCUCGGGAUCCAAGUGCACCUUUGACACAGUUUGCAAAGGAACUAAAAAUUGUUUUUCCCAAUGCACAACGAAUGAAUCGUGGUGGUCAGGUGAUCUCAGAGAUUAUAGAGACCUGCCGUGCUCAUGAAUUUACAGAUGUUAUUUUAGUUCAUGAACAUCGUGGUGUGCCAGAUGGUUUAAUUAUCAGCCAUCUUCCAUUUGGUCCAACUGCCUAUUUUGGAUUGUUGAAUGUGGUUACAAGACAUGAAAUCAGGGACAAAAAGACUAUGGGAACAAUGCCUGAGGCCUAUCCGCACAUAAUUUUGAACAAUUUUACCACGAAGUUGGGUGAAAGGACGGCCAAUAUCUUAAAGCAUCUAUUUCCUGUGCCGAAGCCAGAUACCAAACGUGUGGUUACUUUUGCUAAUCAGUCUGACUAUAUUUCAUUCAGGCAUCAUAUUUAUGAGAAGCAUGGAGGUGCCAAAUCAAUUGAGCUGAAGGAGAUUGGUCCACGGUUUGAAUUGCGACUGUACCAGAUAAAGUUAGGAACUGUGGACCAAACGGAAGCUCAGAAUGAAUGGGUGAUUCGACCAUAUAUGAAAACAACCAAGAAACGUGACUUCCUUGGUGUUUAAAAAACGCAGAUUGUAAUCUAUUAUUUUAUUACUACUUUUGCAUCAUCACAUUUUUCUUCUUUUUUCUUAUAAAAUUUGUAUUAAAGUUUAUAUUUUCUUCGGGUGGUUUGGGAUACCAAAAUUUUGUCUCUUAGAUUAUUUAUAGAUUUUAGUUGAAUUAGAAAGGCAAUUUUUGUUUUUGACACAAUGAUUGUAGAAGUCUGAAGAGGCGUGCACUUGAUUCUUUGCAAAUUUCAUCAUAGUGUACGGUGUUCAGAUUGUUAAUGAUUUUAUUUUUUUGUCCAUA